UGUAACAUGUUUGUCUAAGUACGUGGUGAAAAAGAAAAGGAGCAAUAAUUAUUAUUAUUAAUUAAUAUUUAAUAGAGUAGUUAUUAUUGUGUGUAAUUGAGAAUGGUAGAGUGCGCCUGCCCUAACUUAUUCAAAAAGUUAGCGUUUCAUUUCCCUUCACAUAUAAGUAUUUCAUUUGCUGCAUAACGGAUUCCUCCGAUUUCCACUCACACACACCCACAGAGAGAGAGAGAGAGAGAGAGAGAGAGAUGACUAACUACUUCGUCGGCGAUGGAGGAGAAAAUCAGGCCGGCGGCGUCAAGCGGCCGAAGACGAAGAUCGUCUGCACUUUGGGCCCUGCCUCUCGCUCCAUCCCCAUGGUCGAGAAGCUUCUGCGAGCCGGCAUGAACGUCGCUCGUUUCAAUUUCUCCCACGGAUCUCACGAAUACCACCAGGAGACUCUCGACAAUCUCCGCAAGGCCAUGGAAAACACCGGCAUCCUCUGCGCCGUCAUGCUCGAUACCAAGGGUCCAGAGAUCCGGACGGGGUUCCUGAAAGAUGCGAAGCCCGUCCAACUCAAGCAGGGGCAGGAGAUCACGAUUUCGACCGACUACAGCAUCAAGGGUGAUGCCAAGACCAUCUGCAUGAGUUACAAGAAGCUCGCUGAGGACGUGAAGCCGGGGAUGGUCAUACUCUGUGCUGAUGGAACAAUCUCUUUCACUGUUUUGGAAUGUGACAAGAAGCAAGGCUUGGUGCGUUGCCGUUGUGAGAAUACUGCUGUCCUUGGUGAGAGAAAGAAUGUCAAUCUCCCCGGGGUUGUUGUGGAUCUCCCUACCUUGACAGACAAGGACAAAGAAGAUAUCAUCAAGUGGGGGGUUCCUAAUAAGAUUGACAUGAUUGCUCUUUCUUUUGUUCGCAAAGGUUCCGACUUGGUGGAGGUUCGCAAGUUGUUGGGGCACCAUGCCAAGACCAUCCUUCUCAUGUCUAAGGUUGAAAAUCAAGAAGGGGUGGCGAAUUUUGAUGAAAUUCUAGCCAACUCAGAUGCUUUCAUGGUGGCUCGUGGUGAUCUUGGAAUGGAAAUUCCUAUUGAGAAGAUAUUCUUAGCUCAGAAGGUGAUGGUGUACAAGUGUAACAUCCAAGGGAAGCCUGUUGUGACUGCAACACAGAUGUUGGAGUCGAUGAUCAAGUCUCCGAGGCCAACACGAGCAGAAGCCACAGACGUGGCCAAUGCUGUUCUAGAUGGAACAGACUGCGUCAUGCUCAGUGGCGAAACAGCUGCAGGAGCUUACCCGGAGCUUGCUGUCCGUACCAUGGCCAAGAUCUGUAUAGAGGCUGAAGGCACAAUUGACUACGCUGAUGCUUUUAAACGGAUCAUGGCGAAUGCACCAGUCCCCAUGAGCCCCUUGGAAAGCCUUGCAUCGUGUGCUGUUCGAACUGCCAACUCAGCCAAAGCAGCUUUGAUUCUGGUCCUAACUCGAGGAGGAAGCACUGCAAAGCUGGUGGCUAAAUACAGACCGGGGAUGCCAAUACUGUCUGUUGUGGUUCCAGAAAUCAAAACUGAUUCGUUUGAUUGGUCGUGCAGCGAUGAAUCUCCGGCCAGGCACAGUCUCAUAUUCAGGGGGCUGGUCCCAGUUCUGUGCGCAGGAUCUGCAAGGGCUUCUCACGAGGAGUCCACGGAGGAAGCCCUCGAGUUCGCCCUCCAGCAUGCGAAAACCAAAGGACUCUGCAAGGUCGGAGACGCUGUCGUCGCCCUUCACCGAAUUGGAUCCUCAUCCAUCAUCAAGAUCGUCACUGUCAAGUGAAGAAAGAUGAUGAAUUAUGCACAUUCUCAUCGCUCGGUUUUGUUUUUGGGGAGUGAGCGAUAAGCAAGGAAGCAUGCCCUGCCUUUGUAUUCGUGAACAUCUUAACCGAUUUGUAUGCUGCUUUUAGUUUUUCUUUUUGUGUUUUGUCGAGUCAUGGCUUGAUCAACGCAUUCAAGAACCCUUUUUGUACCAUUUUUUUCAUGCUUCAGCUAUUUGCAAACUCUUUAUCGAGCA